GAGGUCUACCGUCACCUCAGCUCAAAGAUGAACCAGGGAGGCCAAGCAAUCUUCAGGUCCCUCACCAGUGACCUCGAUGACCUCACAGUGACAGUGGGAGGCGGAGUUAAACUGAAGCUGGUGUUUGGUGACAUCACUAACGAGACCACCGAUGCAGUAGUGAACGCGACCAACACUAAUUUUCAGAACGGUGUGUGCAGAAACAUCUUAUCUGCAGCUGGACCAGAGGUGGAGGCUGAACUCAAAACAGGGACAGUGAGCAGUGGAAAUGUUCUUGUAUCCGGACCUGGAUGGUUCCCUACUUCAGCCAUUUUUCAUGUCUGUGGUGAAAAGGAUGCAAGAGUCAUUCAAAAACUGGUGCUCAGAAUUGUGGAGAACUGUGAAGCGUUUUGGUUCAAGUCUGUCGCCAUUCCCGCCAUCUGUGCUGGGGCGGGCGGGCUGGACCCUCGCCUCGUGGCAGGCGCCAUCCUCCGAGGGGUCCGCCAGGCCACUUCGUCCCCCAUCGUUUGUCUCACUGACAUCCGCAUCGCCCUCAAUAAAAUUAAAGUCUUCUUGGCCUUUAAAGAGGAAGCGAUGCAAGUGUUUUCCAGCGCUUUAAUCGACAGAGGUGAUUCACAAACAGUGCCAGCACCUCCGCCGCCUCGUGCACGACCAGGUCAGCUGGCCUCUCCGCCUGGGAGCGCAGAUCUAAGCUCUCUGCGUACCAGCUCUGCAGGUCAGCAGUCCGUCUUCCUGUUCCUGGGUCUCUCCAGGGUCGACGUCGACGACGCCACGGCAAAGCUGAAGGGUCUGUAUCACGCUCAGUGCUCCACCAAAACCUUUAGGGAGGAGGAGCUGGCAGGUCUCACCCAGGACGACGUCGAGGAGCUCAACCAGCUGGUGGAGCUGGAGGGUCUGUACGUUCAGAGGGACCAGCCCGGCACCUGGGCAGUGAGCGGGUUGAAAGAUGGGGUCCACGCGGCGGUGCAGAUGAUCAACGCCUCCCUGCAGGGCAGCCUCAGAAGAGAGGUGAGACUCAGGGAGGAGGAGGAUCUGUUCAACCGCGUGGCCUGGUGCAUACAGCGGCAUGGCGGCAACUGGGUGAGACUUCCCAAAACCGCCAAUCACAACCUGGAAAACGACCGGGUGGCAGGAGGCAUCACGGACGCACAGAACACGCGGUGGUCUGUGGAGCCCCGGAGGACGGAGGCCACAGAUCGGACCACCGGACAAACGGCCAAGCUGAAACGACUGGAGCAUCUCUCGGACUUCACUUUCCCUCUCUACUGGGACAACAUGGCUGCCGGUGAAGCUUUCAAAAAGGUUACUCUGCAGCCUUCUUCUGCAGAGCACCGAGCCGUGAAGGAGGGCUUCAAACAAACUGUCCAGAAGACCGUGAUGAAGAUCGAGCGCUUGCAGAACGUCCACCUGCGACGCGCCUACGAAGCGCAGAAGAAGCACAUCUGCGAUAAGAACCAACAGCGGGUCGAAGCGGGGGAAAAGCUCCUGUACCACGGGACGACUCACGUCAACUGUGACUCCAUCGGGAAGACCGGCUUCAACAGGAGCUUCUCUGGGCAGAACGGCACCUCAUACGGUAAAGGAACGUACUUCGCGGUGGACGCCAGCUACUCGGCCCACCCGACCUACUCCGCGCCGGCGCCCGACGGCUCCCAGUUGAUGUUCGUGGUCCGAGUGGCGACCGGCAUCUACGCUGCAGGCCAAAGCCACAUGAGGACUCCUCCCACUCGCGGCGGCCAGCGUCCCGACGAGCGCUACGACAGCGUGGUGGACGACGUGGGCCGCCCCAGCAUGUACGUGGUGUUCCACGAUGACCAGGCGUACCCGGACUACCUCAUCACCUUCAAGUGACCCCCAACAGGGGGAGGGGGGGGGGAUCUCUACUGUUUGAGGGUUAUGGUGCUUUGGUGUUAUACUUAGGUUCACCAUGUUACAACUCUUGCUGGAUUUGGAGACAGUUUGAACUUUUUUCUUUUACUUUUUUCUUUUCUUUUACUUUUUUACUGUUUUCUUUAGUGAUGUCAUCGAUGUCACAUGUUUUUUUGUUGUACAACUUUUACAGAUUGUGGCUCAUGAAGUUUAAAAUGAAAUCAUGCAAACACAUUAUGAGCAGUGACUCACAUAGACACACUCAUGAAAUGAUGCAGAUUCUACUUUUAUUUGGUUGAUAUUUGCAUUUGUUUUUGCACAGAGAAAGAUUAGAUAUAAAAAGGUGAAGCCAGAAAAAAGAAAAUUCGUAAACCUCAAUUGUUACAAAAAUUAAGUUGAUGCUGCUAAUCAAUCUGUUAUUUGUUGAAUGAAACAAAGCUUGACAUGAGUUGUUUAUACCUCAUAUCCACCAAAAAACAUAAAGCUGGUUGUUGUGUAAUAUAGAUAAAUGAAUGUUUAAAAGUUCUAUUGUGAGGGUGUGAAAUGCACUACUUGGAAGCUGUUUAUUAUCCCUAUGAGGUGUAUUGAAUGAUUAAAUGUGUACUGGGUUAAAAUAUUUCUCUGCUUUUUUUUAUUGAUUCUUCCAGCGUUUAGCCAGCUUUUGUUUGAUCUUUUCUGUGUUUGUUUCAUCU